AACACAAUCUCUAUGACGGUGUUGUGUUUAGCCUAACAAAUGAGGAAAAGGCUGAGAGCUUUGUUACUGGCACUGGAUAUAAGGCUGUGUUAAUCAUUGAUAUUUACAACUCGAGGACUGGGAGGAGGAAGAGCCAAAGGUCUCGUCUUUGACAUCAGUAACAGGUGAAGCCUCUCUGAAGGUUCACAGAUAUGGACAAUAUCAUAGGAAGUAUUCUCUUGUUGUGCCUUAUCAGCUUAACUAAUGCAAACACCGCUCCGACUAUCCAUCAGGAUCUGUACCGUAUCUGUGAAGACACUCCCAUUGGUGCCACUGCAUUUACUAUAAACGCCACAGACGUAGACAAGGACCCACUGAUCUACAUCCUAACUGGGUCUGAUGCCUCAUACUUUGAGGUCAACAGAGCCACUGGGGAGGUGAAACUCAAGCUGCCUCUAGACAGAGAGAGUGGCGGUAUAUUGGAGGAUCUUGAGGCUAUUGUCACCGAUGGACAGUUAGACGCUAGAAAGAAUCUUAUUAUAUUAUUGAGAGAUGCAAACGACAACAGACCUUUGUUUGUGGAUUCUUCAUACGACGUUACCAUCCCAGAGAACAGAGCUGUGGGAACGAGUCUGUUUAAGGUGGAAGCUAUUGAUAUAGACGAUGGUGUUGCCGGAGCUGUCAGCUACAGGAUCGACGAGGUUACUCCAACUGCUGGAUCUGGUCUCUUCACUAUUGUUAGCACAACUGGUGAAGUCAGAUUAGCAGGAUCUCUGAAUUAUAAUACCCUCAGCACUUUCUAUCGACUGAAGAUUAACGCUACAGACGGUGGAGGCCGGUGUUUUCGCGAUGAGACAAAUUACCAUUCAAGUGCGAUUUUUACCAUCGUUACCGUAUUGGACGUCCCAGACCUGAACCCAGUAUUCGAAAACCUUGCAUACUCAGGGAGUGUUAAAGAAAACUCUGCGGUGGACGUAUCUGUGUUAAAAGUCACUGCCACAGAUCAGGACAAAGGCAUCGGGGACAGUAUUCACUACAGUAUUGAAGCAUCAUCUGUAGAAGGACUGUUUAAAAUCUCCAGGAAUGAUGGCACCAUAUCAGUCCUGGCACACAUUGACAGGGAAGUUGUUGGUGAUACCAUCACCCUGACUGUAAAGGCCACGGAGUCUAAACCAAACAUCCAUGGUUUAGAAGCCAGCACCACAACAACUGUGCUGAUCAACAUCAUAGAUGUCAAUGACAAUAGGCCCAAGUUCUACAAGUGUGGCACUUCCUGUGAGGAGGCCAGUCACUUCACAGGUGAUGUCCUUGAGCACUCGCUGGGGGCUAUUCCCAUUAACAUGACAGUCAAGGAUCUCGACAAGUUCUUCAGCACCAGACUUACUCUAGAGGGAGCUGACAAGGACGUGUUUUCUGUGGAACCUGCAGUCACCAUGGUACACGGCAGUGUCGUGCUACAGGUCAGACAGCCCCAACUACUGGAUUUCGAGGAAAAACAGCAAAUGAUUUUGCAGGUUAUCGCCACAGAUGAAGAUAAUCCAGCAUUUAAAUCCACCGCUACAGUUACUAUUACCAUCAAGGACGCCAAUGACAACAGCCCCACAUUUCCAAAUAACACCUACAGGCUGACGAUCCCUGAACACUCUGAAGUGGGGACUUUGAUUGCCACCAUCACUGCAGAGGAUCCUGACACCAUGGAUCAAAACAAAAUUACUUACAGACUUUUCCCUGACAGCACACGACAGUUUUUUGAUGUAGAGGAAACCACAGGCAGAAUCCUUGUGAAGAACAAAGCUCUGUUGGAUCGUGAGGUCAGACCUGUGCAUACGGCAACUCUGCAGGCCACAGACACAAGCGGCAAGCCCGGCACGACAGUGCUGGAAAUAACUCUGACCGACAUCAACGACCAGCCUCCGGUCAUGAACAGGGAAUCUUAUCUGGUGUUUGUGGAGGAGGGAAGCAUGUUGGAAGUGAAGAUAGAGGCUACUGACGCCGAUGAACCUGGUACUGUAAACAGCCAGAUUACCUACCAGAUUGCACCGAACGACUACAGCUUUAAUUUCACCAUUGACCCAACCAGUGGUGUCUUGAAAAACAAUAGUGCGCUGGAUCGUGAAGCUCUGAGCCCGGAGCUCAACGGCAGGAUAACAUUCAAUGUAACGGCUGCUGACAGAGGAGUUCCUCCACUGUCCACGUCAGUGCCAGUUAUCAUCAAUGUAGAGGACAUUAAUGACAACACGCCAAAGUUUGAGACGUCCAAUUACAAUUUUGUGGUUAAAGAAGGGGAAAAAGGUGCCCUAGUGGGUCUCGUUAGGGCUGAGGACUUGGACCAAACCACAGACUUUAAUCGCAUUUCUUUCAGCAUCAUUAGCGGAAGCAUCGGCAGCUUCAUCAUCCGCACUGAAGCCGAUGAGCGGGGGGGCUACAGGGGAACUAUCAUGGUUGACCCCGACAUUGAAUUGGACUUCGAGAGUAAUCGCAAGCAGUACACACUGACCGUCGAAGCAGCAGAUCUGGAGCAGAAGAAAGCGUCAGCCACCGUGGAUGUGUUCGUAAUAGACGUGAAUGAUGAGAGGCCCGAGUUCAAGCCAACGGCGCCCGUGACAGUGAAAGAAAACACGACCAUUAGUGAAGUCGUGGGGAGAUUCGUCGGACAGGACAAAGACGGAAACCACUCGCUGGUUUACGUGUUGGAAUCCGUCACUUGCAGUUGUAACGGCUCGUGGACUCCAUGCAACUGGUUCAUCCUUGAUCCAACAGGGGGAGUCAGAGUUAACCCAGAGGCUACGGUGGACUAUGAAGAGUGUACCCAGGCAAUGAUGGAGGCUCAGGUGGUGGACGAGUUCACAGAAAAGGGCCAAAAUAACAGUGUGUCUCCAGGACAAAUGGUGAUCAACAUUGAAGACAUCAAUGACAACGCGCCGGAAUUUAUUGUCUCCGAUUCUUUAUUUGUGGUUGUUUCUGAAACUGCAAGUAAGGGGACCUCUGUCGCUGGAGUCACUGCUACAGACCGCGACACAGGAGUUCACGGACAGAUUGACUUCAAAGUAACGUCGGUGCAGUUUAGAGACGACAACAACAACAAGACAACAAACAUGAGGCUGCUGUUUGAGGCUGUCACUACUCAGCAGAGGGAUUUAUACGUCGGCAUAAUUCAAUCUACCGAAGGCCUCGACAUUUCACUGAGAGGGAAAUACUUGGUCACAGUAGCAGCGACCGACACUGGCAGCCUCUCCCGUAGCACAGUGCUGGAGAUUUUCAUAGUUGAUGCAUCCUUUAAAGUCGAACUUCAGUUCACAAGAACAGUGGAGGAUGUUGAGCAAAAUCUGGACGACAUCAUCAGGGCGUUGACCACUGCCACCGGGGCUGCUGUUCAAGUUGUCGAAAUUAAACUUCAAUCUCUAGAAGCAUUGAGGUCUUCGCCCAUUACGGUCAUGGGGGUGUACUUUGUCUACUCCAACGGGACAGCCCUCAACUCUAAGGAAGUGGAGAGCAUGGUGUCCAGUCCUGAACAUUAUCCUGUCUUAUUUGGUCUUGGCCUUAGGUACAUCGGAGGAACUACUGAAGUUGAGACUAACAAGGAUCCUCUGGCUUAUGUCCUCCUGGGGAUAGUGGUCGGCCUCAUCGUCGUGCUGAUUGUGCUCAUCACUUCUCUGGUGUGCACUCGCAGAAACUUCACGAGGAAGCUGAAGGCUGCUAAAGCCAUGAACUCUGCAAAGAUGAUGACAUCUGACAACCAGAAGAAUGGAGCUGUGGUACCAGGGACAAACAAGUACAUGACUGAGGGAGCCAAUCCUGUUCUCAACCUGAACAUUGACUCAACCAUGGUCAUGGAUUUGGAUCAGGAGACCCCAGACGUGGACAAAGUCAGCCUCGACUCUUUGGACUACAACAAUGACGAGAUGACCUUCGGAGAGGGAACAAAACAUAACAUGUUGUUCGAGCAGGAAGAGGAGGAACGUACCAGUAGACAAGAAUACGAUGAGCCACUGGAUGAAGCUCUGGCCCAGCGAAUAAUGAAGAAAGACAAACACAAGGUGGUGUUUGACAACAUGGCCUUCAGCACCACAGAGAUCUGAAGGCAAUAAUCCAGGACCUGGCAGUAAUCUGAAUCCGCACUGGGCGGACACGUGUUCAUUCUUCGUGUCCAAAUUCCAAAAAUCAUGUUCUACUCAGUCUCUAUACUCACAAGUGACAAGCAUGAAUUUACAGCCUUUGCUAUUUGUUGUUGUUUUUUUGUCUCUUUUUUUAAAAAUAUGCACUUGGAAUUUUGCACUUUGAUUUUUAAAAUAAACCCCAGAGAGAGUGUAUUUAACCAUUUAGCCACUCAAACGGCUAAAAAUGACAUUCAAUUAGUGACCAGAAAGUUACAUCCUGGUUGCAGAAAUGAAUUAAAAAAAACUUAACAUAUUGAAAA